AUGGACGACGAUUACGUUGCACAGGUCCUUGCCAAAGAGGCGCGAGAGAGUUCUCAGAAGUACUCCAGUAAUGGACUCUCAGCAUUUAUGCCUUCAAAACCGACAAGCAAUGCUCCCAAACCGAAUACCCGAUUCCUUCGCCAUCUUAUCAAAGAAACAGACAGUCAUAAUACGGCUCUGAAGCGCAAAGAAGAAAAAGAAGCUCGAGAGCGAAUGCAAGACCUGAUCGAGCGUCUACACGCGGUACCGAAGGUCCGCGCCUGGCCCGCGCGGACCAACAUCGAUCUCAUGGAAGGAGGAAUCCAAGUCGAUCUACAUCUACAGAAAGAGACAGGUCACGACGUCAUCGGCACCGGGACGAGAAAGAUCGAGAUAGAACGCGAGACGGCCGACAUGACCGCCCAGAGCGACGAGGAGAGCGAUCAUAUUCUCGAUCUCGAAGUCGCUCUCCACGCCGAGAAAGAGAACGAGACCGAGAUCGCGCCUCCAAAUCCCGCCAGUCGAGAAUCAGAGCGUCGCUCCAGACGUGAUGAGCACACAUCUUCUCGCCAGCAUCGCCUCACCCCACCGAAAUCGGACGAGCCCCGUGAAUCGAAGUCCUCCUCAACAACCACAACACAACGCCGUGACGUUUCUGAAGACUCGGACCCUCUAGAAGAACUCGUCGGCCCUCUCCAUCCUUCGACAGCCAAUUCUGAAGCGCCUAUCCGCUCACGAGGUCGUGGGGCCUACAGAUCCAACACCAGCAACAUCGACGCACACUUCGCGUCUGACUACGACCCCACCCUAGACAUACAACCUGAUGAAGUUGAGGGAAAUAACACGAAACAGCCUUCCCGCCGCCAUGUGACAGGUCUUAUGACCGGCGAGGACGACUGGGAAAUGGCUCUUGAAGCCAUGCGCGAUCGCACGAAAUGGAAACAAAAGGGCGAGGAGAGGCUGCGGGCGGCCGGGAUCAAUGAGGGUGCCAUUGAUCGCUGGAAGAAGGAACCUGCUUUUACCGGUCUAGAUGGGGAGCGUCGGCCUGAAGAUGUAAGAUGGUCGAAGUCAGGUGAAGGCCGUGAGUGGGAUCGGGGGAAGUUUGUCGACGAUGAGGGCCAUAUCGAUGUUCGUGCUGCAUGGCCUAAGUCAAACUAG